AUGUCGACCGUCGUGUUUACCGAUAGGCCUAUAGGCUGGGAGGAAGGUUUUGCCUUCCCCGUCGCAAAUGCUGAGAAUAAAGCUCUAGAGGUCGAGCUCCAAAGGAAACAGAGAGUGCGAUCAAAACUAAAGAACGAAAUCAGCGAGCACAAAGACAGGAUCCAGGCCAUAUCGGACUAUCUAAAAAAUGUCAGACAAGAGCUAGUUCACACUCAGGCACUCUGCAGGGCAGUUGAAAAGGAGGCGGAGUCUGAGGUGCAUUUCAGAGCGGUAUCAGAGCGAGAGGCGGGGCAUCUGCAGCAGGAGAUCGCUCAGCUACAGAAGGAGCUGGCCGCUCUGAGUGACAAGAGGAAAGCACAAGAGAAUGAAAUCAUCAAAGCCACUCUGAGACUGAAGCAACUUCAGGAGCAACUGAACUGGGAUCAGCAGACCCUGAACACCUGGCUGGAAGAAUCGGCACGGUGGGACGAGGACACCAUGGCUAUCCUCAGAUACGCCCAACAGGAUGAGAACAGGAUACAGGAGCUGAUUCGCAUCACAGAGAAGACGGCCCUCGAAACAAACCAAAAACGUAAAGCUGUUGAAAUUGAACACACCAGGACUGUAACGGCACAGAUUGGCCUGGAUAAGACUAUGGCGAGCUUGCGCCAAGCCCACAGUGAGAGGCAGGAGCUCCUCCGCCAGUGGGAGAACACCAUUGCGCAAAUGAGGAAGAGGGACCAAGAGCUGCAGCAGUGUAUUAUGGUCCUUCCCAGGCUGAACCAGGAGGUCCGGACGCGGCAGGACAUGAUGAAGGAGAAGAAGCAGUUCUUGGAGAGACAGGCGGAGAACAACAAGGAGUGCGAGCGGAGGAUAGGCCGCAUAAACCAACUGGCUGAUAGGCUGAGGGAGGAGGUCCAGGAGCGGGAGGGCCACUGCACCCAGCUGCAGGACGAGUUUGAAGGCUUGAAAACCGCUGUGCAUCGCACUGCUACUGAUGUGGAGGCAAGGAAGUCCCAGCUAACUGCCACUAAAAAGGACACCAAGACCAAACAGAACAAAGUGAAGAGCAUAGAGCUCUGCAACGCCGCUCUGCAGGAGAAGCUGAAGAGCAUAACGGAGUCGGUGCUGAGCGUGGACGAGAUGGCCACCCAGCUGGAGCAGAUGGUGAAAGACGAGGAGCACAACAAAAAUGAGGUGGAAAUGCAGGUGCAUCGGCUGCGGAUGGCGCAGCCCCGAGUCGUGCAUGAUCUGCAGGCCCUGAAAGACAGGGAGAAGAGCCUGCUGGCUGAUAUCUCUGCCAGCCAAAUCGCCCUCAACACCGUCAACAUCCAGCGGACCAGGGCAGAGCAGAGCUGCAUGAAGCAGCAGGAGAUGAUCAACAGCAAGGACUUCCAGAUCCAGAUGCUGGAGAGGAAGAUGGUGUGCGUUGAGGUGGAGGAGAACAACAUGGAGAGACAGACCCUGAGGCGUGAGGAGGCAGAGCUGGAGAAGUCUGUCGAGAAGGAGAAGAAGGCUUUCAGCGUAAUGAACCAGCAUGUGAAAAAGCUCCAGGUUGAGAUCAGCAUGGUGAAAAAAGAAUCAGAGAAGAUCGAAGCAGAGAAGAGAGAACUGAUUGAGAAGAUUGAAGAGCUGAACCUAAUUAAUGAAAUUUCCAACAGGGAACUGAGGAAAUUGAGGUUCACCAAGCAGGACACCAUGGUGGACGACAACAUCCUGAAGCUGGAGGUGAAGCGGCUGAGCGAGCUGCUGUACAGUAAGGCUGACAGGGUGCUCUCCCUGGAGAAGCACAAGCUGCAGCUGCAGGCCACCAUGAGGGAGAGAGAGGUGGAGAUCAGCGUCCACCGGGAGGCGCUCCAGAAACAGUACAAGAUCACCGACCAGGAACGGCAAAGGCUCAGUUUUGAGCUCACUGACAAACUCUGCAAAGUUGACAAGAUGAGGAAAAAGUUUGAGAUCAUGAUUCUGUCCAUGGAGAGCCCUGAGGGAGAGGCCUGGUCUCCGGAAUACUACCUGGUCAAGAUUGUGCAAGAAAAAGAGGAGCUUCAGAACAGGGGAAAUGAACUGGAUGCUAAAAUCAGUAAGAAGGAGGAAGAGAUCCAGGCUCUGGAAAACACCCUGAAUGCCAUCAACAACCGCAACAUGGAAUACCGCAAGGCCUUCGUCAACCUCGCCAAGUGGGGCGAGGACUAUCAACAUCAGCUGAAUCUGGAGAGGGAGAAGAGGGUGAUGGAUGUGAUGUGCCUGCAGAAGAGAAGACAGAUCAGAGAACUCCAGCAGGACCUCCAGGAAAUGAGCUGCACUCUCAGUGAUCUGCACAAAGAGGAAGCCAUGGAGCGUGUGAAGGCCAAUGAGAUGCAUUCGCAGACAGAGGCCUUGAAGAAAGAGAUGAGCUCUUUGAAGGAAAAGCUGCACAGGGUUACAAAACAGCACUCCAAACUGACUCGGGAGAUCCGCGCAGCCAAGGACAGCCAGGGUAAGACCGCCGAAGAGCACGACAUCGACUUCCGUGAGCUGAGAGACUUCAGCAAGAUGAUCGACAGCAUGCUGCUCGAGGCUAUGCAGGAGCACCCCGAUCUGAAAUCAGUGCUGGAGACGCAGUUUCUGGAGGCCAGCCUGUCUCUGCCCAAACCCCUGCCCCGGCCUGCUCUAGCCUCUGCUCCAUCCACCCGCCACAACAUCAAGGCUCCCUCCAUGCGCGUGUCCAUCUCUGUAAAGUCAUCUGCCUCCUCCAUCACCAGCAAUGCCAGGGCCUCCAUGCAGCAGUUUCCCCACCUGAAGAAGGUGGACCUGGGGCUGCAGCUGGGAGCGAUCAGCCCGCGCCAGUCCGUCACCUCACUGCGCGACUCCAAGCGCUGCAGUAGCUCCAGCAGCAGCGGCGGUGCCUCUCAGCAAUAA